GCACCGCACCGAAGGUCUCAGACCAAACCCUCACAAGAAAAUGUCUCUCUCAUCCGAGAACCUCCAUCUCCUCUUCUUCUUCUUCUUCCUCGCUUUUCAGCUUUCCAUCUCUGGUGCCUCUUCACGUGCGGCGGUUGGAGUCACCAUCUCGAGUAAUACAGCAGCAUAUCAUCCUCGUCCAGAACGCGUCGCUUCUGUUCUCCGGUCACUCAAGAUCACCUGCGUGAGGCUUGCAGAACCCAACCCUGAAAUCAUCCGAGCUUUCACCUAUUCGGACAUCUCUCUGCUUCUUUCCAUCCCUAACUCCUUCGUCCCUGGAAUGGCAUCCAACCAAUCGAAUGCCCUGAAGUGGCUCUCCCACCAAGUUGUCCCCUUCCACCCGCGCGCACUUAUCUCCUCCAUCUCCGUCGGUGAUGACGUUCUCAACCCUUUCACCACCAACCUCUCCGAUUCUCUUCUCCCUGCAAUCCGAAAUGUCUAUGGAGCUCUCCACCAACUUGGCAUUAGCAAGAUCUCCGUCUCCACCACUGUCUCCUUCGCUGACAUCGUCACCACCGCUUUCCCUCCCUCUUCUGCGGUGUUUCGGAAGCCCAUCGCCGGUUCUCUGAUGAAGCCGCUUCUUGAAUUCCUGUCUUCCACCAAUUCUUCUCUCUUGAUCAACCUGAACCCGUACAUUCUGUAUCGCUCGCACCCAGAGAUUCCUAUUGGGUUCGCAUUGUUUCAAGAACAACCAUUCAAUUUCCGCGAUGACCACAAAACGGGUGUUCGAUACCGGAAUCUCUUCGAUACGAUGGUCGACUCGGUCAUUACUGCGACGGCAGCUGUGGGACAUUAUCGGGUACCGGUGAUUAUAGCGGAGACAGGGUGGCCGAGUCAUGGCGGAAAGGAUGAACGAGACGCUACAGAGGAAUAUGCCCAAAUGUACAAUACAGGAUUGGUGAGGCAUCUGCAGUCGAGUAUUGGGACUCCAUUGCGGAGGGAAGGAGUUGCAGAGACUUACAUUUACGAGUUGUUCGAUGAAGAUGGGAAGAAAGGACCCUCAUCGGAGCGGCACUGGGGAAUUCUGUAUCCUAACUUGACCAAAAAGUAUGAGAUUAAUUUCUCAGGUUCCGUUAGAAUCGUGGGUAGAACUGAUAAUUGGCUCGAAAGGGUGAUGGUUUCUUUGUUUUUGGCGCUGGUUUUGGUCGAAUUUCUUGUUCAGGAACUUGUUCUUUAAAGAAAUUUGGCAACCGAUAGAGGUAAUCCACGGGCAUGAAUUACUUCAAACA